UUUCUGGAAGACAACGAUCUUGCGGUGGUAAAGGAAAAGAUAAGUACCAAGACUUGGGAAUACAUCAUUGGGCUGGAUGCUGCAGAAGUAUGGGAACAGCUUGGUGCAUCACCCAUAGACGCAAGAAGCAUCGUCAGCUUCAUAAAGAGACGGUGUCAAGUUAUACCACCCGUUCGACGUCUUGAAUCUUACGUCGUAGAGCCAGUUGAUGAUGCAACCUUUCGGUUUGACCUCCCUUUGGAUCAACCAAUCCACAUACUAACGAAUGAGCUGGAACAUUACCUGCCAGCUGACUACUUCCGCGAGAUUCAACAGUCCGAAUCACAUUCCAUCAUAAAGCCCUCUUUUGACUUUCAUGGUGAUAUCCAGCAUCAUGUGCUAAAAAUCUUAAAGAACGAAAAAGAAGGUGGCUCUGAAGACGGCCUUCAUGGUCGGGAUGGUGGUAUCCUUGGCAUCAUCAGUUUACUUUCUGGACUUGAUUCAAAUCGAAACAUGACUUGUAGUAGUACUCUGAAGAGAAAGCGUGUUGAUGCACAUGUGCAUGAAGUUCCCAUAGUACUAAUGGAGGAGAUGGCUUAUGACAUAAUUUCAUUUAAUAAACUUAAUCGUGCACGUCAGCUGACCAAUGAGUUUCAAAUGGAUCUUUCUAAAGGCAAACAGGCGGCUUUCCGUUGUAUUCAUGCCUGCAUCAACGUGGCACGUUAUAGUAAAUGGGCGAUAACACAAGUUGCUUCAUCUCCUGAAUAUGGAUUCGGUGUGCCAAACAUUCGUGAACCAGAAUCAGAUGGUUGGUGGGGUCGCAUGCUCACUAUAAACUACUCAAGUGUUGUUAAAGUCUACUUUGGCAUGCCGACGCAUGAAAUAGAUAGGAUUAUAUCUUUCUAUAAUGCAACUCGAGGUAUCGAAUAUUUAGAAACUGCCGAAAUACAACGAUCAGGACGAAAUCCAAAAGCAAACAAUCGAUUGGAACUUCAGCUUGAAAUGACUCCUGUGGGGAUUGUGAACUUUGUAAAGACACUUCAACAGCUACGUGAAGCUAUGUACUGUAUUGUGCAUUGUGUUCAUGCUGUUCAUGAACGUGGAUGGAGUAUAGUGGAUCUACGUUGGCCAAAUAUUGUAGCAGUAAAAGGCAUAUUCUAUGUUAUUGAUUCUGGCGAAUUCGCACAACGACAUGGCAACCCCAUUCACAGUGACCGUCUGAAAUUGCGUGACCCGCGGUCUGUUUCCUGCAGCUGUGCUACUGAUACAUAUAUGCUAGUCACAAUGAUGGAUGAACUAAGUGACUUGUGGCAUGGUAACAUGAAUGGAUUCGAGCAUCGAUAUGCCAGCCCAUCGGUAACCUCACGUGCUCUUAGAAUGCGACAAGACGAUUGUUAUGACCAUAUAGGCCAGGACCUCUCAUUCUUGGAAGAACUGGAUGCCGAAGAAACAAGAAAUGUCGAUGAGAAGUUUAAUUACUUCCAAGCCAAUGACCCCCCAAACCCUCAGUGGCGUAAAAUCCAACCAUGGAUUCAAAAAGUAUACCAGUCUCUCGCGCAGCUCUUUGGUUUAAUUGUUAUUCAUGAAUCUCGGAAUGGUGGUCAAGAAGGUAGUAAGUUUGCCGACCAUUACCUUACAUACGAAGAAUUCUCACAAUCUUGUGACGGCAGCUGCACCCAAAUCGACUUUACGAAAAACUGGGCAUUCGAGGACAAAUCGAACUGGCAAAGCGCUUGCACAAACAAAGCAGCCCUUCAAUGUUACGAUUAUUCCAGCAAAUUCUUCGCACCUGACAAUAAUAAGCAGCGUAAAUAUAUCUCUAUCAUGCCUGAUUCAAGGAAGUACAGACUGUGGUAUGCCUUCUGGAAUUAUGAACAAGGACAAAUGAACGCGAGAGAGACUGCUGACUAUGAGUGGUGUCGGGACACUCUACGUAUCUUAGCGCGCGUUCAACUAAAGAUAUUUCCUCAACGGCUUCAUACAAUUCAGGAUUUAAUAUUUUAUUUGAUCGACGUGCCAGAACCGAAGCCCUUUACGAAAUGCUUGUAG